AUGGAUCCACCACUCCACCCAAACAACAUCGUAGUUGCCGCCGUCUUCUGUGUAAUGCUUUACAAAAUAGUCGCCCAGCAGUGUGAGAGCGACUUUUCUUCACCAAGCAUGAUGCUUCAGAGGCACACAUACAAGACGUUCAAGACUUCCAGCGUCCUUGAGUGCGACCAGGCCUGCAACGAUGAUUUCAGAUGUCAAAGCUUUAAUUAUGUUUUCUUGGAAAACAUAUGCGAGCUGAAUAACCGAACUAAAGAAGCCAGACCUGAAGAUUUUAUUUCUAAUCCACGCCGAUAUUAUUCUAGAAGAAAGAAGAAAUUAGGUCAGUCAAAAUGAUAUAAUUCAACAACAAACAAACAAAAAUUGCAACCAAUUAACAGAAAUAAACAAACCAAAGAAACGAUAGGCAAACCUUGGGCACUGUCAUCAUUCACGCCUUCAUUAAUCAAUGUUGGUUUUCUAGUUUAUGGUUUAUGCUUCCUAAACGAAAACUAAAAAAACUCAUUUGGAUUAUUCUUAGUUCUCAUCGGUUCAGUCGCUGAGCUGCCCGCUGAAACUUGUAAAGAAAUCAAAGCGAGUGAUGGAGAACGUGCGACCAGUGGCAAAUAUUGGUUCGAUUCUUUAUUACCUGGAGAAGUUAUUCAGGCCGAGUGUAACAUGGAGACGGAAGGUAAUCUACACCUCAUGACUUUUUUUCUGUCUGGGUAAGGAGACAGAUGAUAAUAGUUUUGUUACAACAAAGCAAUGUAUAAUAGGGUCUUAAGAUGAGACAAAGAUAUGGAAUAUUUUUCAAAAAUUAAUUCUAGUUAUUCAUUAUGUCGAUGGGACAAAAGUGUUAUUUCAAAGAUAUCCCUAUGGAGCCUUAUUUUAAAGGAAGGGUUGUGAUGGUGAAGGUCGUGGAGCUCAGUUUGCAUGUGAAAAAAGACUUUGAGGGGAAAAUUAAAUGGCCUAUCAUGGAAUUCAAUUCCAAAUGUAGACGUCCAGGAUACAGAAAUCAGUCUUGUUUAUUUCACCCUUUGCUAAAUUAAGGCUGUUUCGCAAUUAUAUUUGUUGCUAUUAUUUUUUUUCUUGGUUUCUUUGGCAGAUAUCGACGAGUGUAACGCGUCCAAACCUGUUUGUGCUACCAAUGCAACUGGCUGUCAGAACACUGUUGGUUCUUUUAGUUGCUCUUGUGAAGCUGGGUUUGGCGGGAGAUAUUGUAAUGGUUAGUACUUAUGGAACGCAUGAAUGGGUACCGUUAAUUAACUUAGAGCCACAAAAUUGCAUAAUGGGAUGAUAGUGGCCAACAAUUCAUCGAUGCUUUCGCUUGAUAUAGUGCAUUUUUCCCACUUUUAAAGAUAUCGACGAAUGUAAGAGCCAAGUCAAACCUUGUGAUGUAAACGCCGACUGUCAGAACACACGUGGUUCUUAUGUUUGCUCGUGCAAAGCUGGCUUUAAUAGGAAUGGAAAAACUUGCACUGGUAAGAAAAGAGCUCCUUGUAGUUUUAAUCCUUUAGAGUUUUCCCAUUUUUCUCACCCGUCUUUGAUUUUUUUCCAUUUUCUUCUCCUUUCCCAGAUUUCCAUUUUUGAUCACUAAGUUAAGUGAAAAGAUAUGGACAGGUUUCUGGUGAAUUAUUAAUGUACGUAUAUAUAUAUGGAAUCGUACUUGUUUUAAUGAAAUUUUUAAAUUUUUUUGUUUCUAUUUUUUCGUUAUUGUAGACAUAAAUGAGUGCAGUGCUCUUGGUCCAGUCUGUGACGCCAAUGCCAAAUGCGAGAACAUCAUUGGAUCAUAUCUGUGCUCAUGCAAAUCUGGGUUCUUUGGAAAUGGAAAAACUUGCACUGGUGAGAAAGAAGACAGCAUUAGGAAACUGGCACUCUUUAACCUUAAGGAUUGAAAGAGUUGUAUUUUCACCCCCUUUUAAAUUAAUGUAAAACACUCCUAAGGAGUGAUAAGAAAACAUAGUAGAGCACAUUUCUAUCAUCAGCCGUUUAAAAGAAUUUCCUCAUGAACGGAUAUAAAAUUACCGCCUUGCAUUCUCCUGUUAAUGGCUGUUUCGCUAUUUUCCUUCCUUUAGAUUACGACGAAUGCAGUGCUUCAGUUGUAGCCUGUGAUCCCUUGGCAUCUUGUCAAAAUACCGCUGGGACUUUUCUCUGUCUCUGUCAAAGCGGAUACACCGGGGAUGGUAGAACCUGCAUUGGUAGGAGACAGUUUGAUUAGGAAGGGACAUUAGAUACUGAUAAAACCCAAGAUUCUAGGAUAUUACCUCAUGCAUUCUUAGGUCGAUUAUUCACGAUGCCCUGAAGAAAGAUCAAAUAAAAGCAUUUUGAUGAUGAGAGAAUAGACUCUGUUUCCAGCCGGCUAGCGGUUUAUUGUAAGAAAUACGAUUUUUUUUUGGAUCUGCACGAAGCACAUGCUGCAAUUAAAGUCAGGAUUCUACAGCAGAGAUAUAACUUAAAACGCACUAUACACAUGCAAUUCUGUUUUUGUACGAAGUAUGUUAUGUUUCGCCAUGGAAAACAAUUGCUUUUUCAACAGAUGUCGACGAAUGUCAUUCCGGUUCUUUUUCUUGUCAUGCACAAGGCCAGUGUAUCAAUGUAAUGGGCUCGUAUGAUUGCAGAUGUCUUCCAGGCUAUACAGGAGACGGUCAACAUGCUUGCUCGGGUAAUUUAUAGCUUUUCCUACCUAAGAGAAAGCGAUGGUGAAAGCAGACCUGUUUACUCAUCUAUCAUCUCAACGUGACUGCUAUACUACAAAAGUUUUAGACCCCUUUCGAUUUAUGGCAAGUUCGUGGAAGAUAAUUCUUUAAUUUUCAAGUCUUAGAAAUUUCGUCCAAGAUGUUAGGAACGUAUUUAAAAUAACGAAAACAACUAUCGAGGCACCUAUUGCAAAAUUUAUGUCUAGAAGCAAUCUCUUCUUUUAUAUAAGUGAAGUAUAACAUGUUCAUUAACAGAUGUGGACGAGUGUCAGGCGGGCUCACAUUCAUGCCACGCACAAGCACAGUGCGUCAAUGUGAAUGGCUCUUAUAACUGUACGUGUUUAUCUGGAUAUGGGGGAGAUGGUCAGCAGGUUUGCUCAGGUACCAACAUGAUAAUGACAUUGGAAAAUGAUAAUGACGACAUUUAUUAUUAUGGAAAUAGUAGAUAACGAUGCAUAGCAAAUGAAAUAGCAAUUCACCUCUUUUGAAUGUGAUAGUGAUAAGAGGUCAACAAACAUGUAAAUUUUUUUUUCGAUAUUAAGGAGUUUACAUACAUUAAUGUUUAUGGCAAUCUUAUGCAUUAACGAUGACCGUACAAAUUUCCUUAAGGCUCUUUUUGCGAUAAUGUCUCAAUCUACAUUGUAACAUCUGUUGUCACUGACGAAGAAAAAGAUGCUUGCAAGAAUUGCAUUUUAUUAAAUGGAUACAAUCACCUUACGCCAGUCUCUACAUCCAAAAUUGCUGUCGCCUUUAAUUCUUAUGAAGAUAUGUUUAGUCUUCAUCAUUAAGAGAGAAACUGUAGAAUUGUGUACCUCUUUUUUUAUUUAACCUUUUCCAAAGCACUUUGUGUUUUUUUAUCAGAUGUGGACGAGUGUCAAGAUGGUUCAUUUUCCUGUCAUGCUCAAGGCCAUUGUGUGAAUUCGCAAGGUUCCUAUGAUUGCACAUGUCUACCCGGAUACACCGGGGACGGCGACACAACGUGUUUAGGUUUGUGAAACAUCUUAGUUGGUUUUUUUUGUGCCUCGUUAAUUUUGAUUUAGAGAUAUCGCAUGUAAGAUUUCGUAUUAUCAUUUAAUACCACUAAGUGACCAUGGUUGAGGGAGGGGAACCAUGAAUGAACUUAAAUCUCCCACGUAAAAUUAAAGUGAUAACGAGUGAGAUUACAUUGAAGUAUCUUAGCUUCGUUAUUGUGUCGCUUCGUCAAGCAGUGAACUAAUAUCAAUCCAAAUCUAAUGUCCUUGGUGAUAUCAUUCACCUGCAUGGGGCUUUGAUGCAAAAUUUGAUCAAUUGUACGAAAUCAUCGGACACAAUUUAAAACAAAAUCCCCAGAGAAAUCAUUGACAACCUAUCACGCAGAAUAUACAUGCAGAAUGAGGUAACGAAAUGAUCUAUUCAUAUUCUAAUCUCUCGAGGAACAAAUAAUCAUGAUAUUUUGUCUUUCUCUUUAUAACUAAUGGGAUACAUUUCAUACGUCUAUAGAUGUGGAUGAGUGUCAAAAGGGGUCCUAUCACUGUCACGAGAUUGCUAACUGUGUAAAUGUGAUUGGCUCGUAUGAUUGUAUGUGCAAACCAGGAUAUGAAGGAGAUGGCAAAAACAUGUGUUCAGGUAGGAGCACCUAAUUCAAAGAUAAGUAAUAUUCAUAAAAAAACAUCAGCGCAUGUUCAUUGGCUAAGACCACGUCAAUUCAUCUGUUACAGUCUUAAGUUCAGAGGGGUGAAAGUUAAUUGAAUUGCAGAAAAGUCGCGAGAGCACAAAAAAGCAAAAUGGCAGACAGGUUCGGGGAAACUAACAACUUUCAAAUUUAGAAAAUUUAAGAAGAGUACAGAGAACAAAAACACCCAAAAAGCAAAAUUAACGGUAAUUUUAAAAGGAAGAACUUGGAGUUUACGUCACAGUUCGUUCGAAAGACGGAGAACAUUACAAGCGUUUUUGCUGCUAGUAGGCUAUUGCAUUAAUCUAUACCUAGUUGAGAAAGAGUGCAGAUUCUCGAUAGUUCCAUCGGGAAGAAUGCAUGGACAUCAUUAAUUGUUCAUAACCGAUAAAGCGAAUUGAAUUCUUGACAGAAAGUUUUAAAGCUCGAGACAAGUUUUUGCGGGAAAAUCCCGACUACUCCCACAUCAUCACAUGUUACCUCGGAUUCAAACUAUUUAUUGCGGUCAAAUUACAAAGCAUUGAUCGAUGGAGUGACUGAUUGUUUGCUAUAUGGCUUGAGAGUAUAAUUGAUCGACUGUUUGAUUUAUCGGUUAUAUAAUCAGCCUUUUGUUCUGCCGACCGAUCGAUUGAUUGAGUGGUCCAAUCAUUUAAUUAUUUCAUGGUGUUUUUCCUAGUAUCUGGACAGUCAUCUGUGACAGUUACAAGUUCUUGCGCAAGCCUUUUGAUCAUAGAAACAAGCACAACGGGUCUAAUAUUCUCAAAUUAUAAUGGAACUUACUUGAACAACAUGAAUUGCAACUGGACUAUUUCUUCAAAUGCAAAACUGGAACUUGCAUUUAUAAGAUUCCAAAUUGAGUCUGGUUAUGACUUUGUCAAGGUGUACGAUGGCCCAACAUCUUCCUCCACACUGAUCGGCGAGUAUGAUGGAGACUCUCUGCCUACACUCAUUACAAGCUCCUCUCACGAGCUCUUUAUGUCUUUCACAACUGACGGUUCAGUUACAAACCCUGGGUUCUUAGCAAACUACCAUAGUGAGUAUUAGUUGUUUUUUUUCUUCCUUUAGAAAGUGGGAAUGCUUGGUUGUCAAUCGUUUGUGUUUUGCCUAUCUAUCUUGUAACUUUAACAUAUUUUUGUUAUUCAUCAGUGCAUGGCCAGUCCUUUGUGAGGGCCAUAAGUUUAUGUCCAAACCUUCUGACUGUGGAAUCAUAUGCAAGUGGUAUAAUAUUUUCUAACAUGCAGCAGAAAUACUCGAACGACAUGAAUUGCAACUGGACUAUUUCUUCAAAUGCAAAACUGGAACUUGCAUUUAUAAGAUUCCAAACUGAGUCUGCUUAUGACUUUGUUAAGGUGUUCGAUGGCCUAACAUCUUCCACACUGAUCGGCGAGUAUGAUGGAGACUCUCUGCCUGCAAGCAUUACAAGCUCUUCUCACGAGCUCUCUGUUACUUUCACAACUGACGGCUCAGUUGUAAAAUCAGGGUUCUUAGCGAACUAUCAUAGUAAGUAUCAACACGUUUCCAUAAAAGGUAGCUCAUGGAGAAUCAGCCUUUCAAAAUUUGCUAAGGCUGCUCGGGACGUCCGAAAUUCAGUACCAUGGCUUAUGUUUUCAUCUUGAGCUUGGCCGUGCUGCACUCAUCGGCACCAAACAAGUUCUUACACUGACUGAGAUUAUGCGGAUGAGCAAUCCAUCAUUAAUUUUACCAUAAGAUUAUUAAUUAUAAUUUCCAUCUCCUUAUACAGCCAAAUUAGCUCGCAUUUAUAGUACGGGUGUAAUAAGAGCGGCUCAACAGUCGUCUAUUACUACAAAUAAAAUUCCGUAUGUUAUAUGCAAACUCGAGCGUACAACGUUUUCUUCAAUAAAAUGGUUGAAAAGGACUUCUAAAGAAACGUUUUUGUAUUUUGUUCUUUUUGUUUAACAUUUUUGGUAACGUGGUUUUUUUUAUUGUUUUCAUUAUUUUACGUUGUUUUAUCGCCUCUUUCAGUAUCUGGCCAGCCAUUUGCGACUGUUUCGAGUUCAUGUGCAGACAUGUUGACCGUUCGGUCAAGUUCAAGUGGAAUGAUAUUUUCAAACAGAGAUGGUACCUACGCUAAUGACGUGAAUUGCAGUUGGAGUAUAUCUUCUAGUAAUAAUGUGGAACUAAUAUUUUUCAAAUUCGAUACUGAAGAAAAUUACGACUAUAUCUACGUGUACGAUGGCGCAUCUAUAAUGUCCUCUUUAAUUGGCAAAUACCACGGAAACUCCUUACCAGCGGUCAUCACAAGCUCAUCCAAACAGCUUUACGUCACCUUUAGUAGUGACAAAUCAGUUUCAAGUUCUGGGUUUGCGGCAAGUUACCACGGUAAGGUAUCUUUGUAUAAUUGUCAGAAUUCUUGUACUCUCGUUAUUACUGCAAAAGUAAAUGGAAAAAAAAAAGAAUUCAGAGUAAUUAGCAUAUACUAAAACAGUGGAUAGCUAUGAAGGCGGGCUCUGAUUGGCUACCCAAACUCCGAAUAUCCUUUGUUAUUCACCCCCGAGCAACUCGCGCCGGAUUUGCACUCGAAAAAAUUGUAAUCGUUGCAGGAGUAAAUGAAUUAAAAUAAUCUUUUAACGCUACACUAUCUCACUGUUUUAUUAUAUAUAUUAAACAACUAUUCUCCUCAAUGUCGGUGGGUGGGUAUUUAACUCGCAGCCACAAGGCUUGGUAAUAUCCACCACCAGCCACCUCAGAUUUGAUGAAUAAGUGUAAACUGUCCUUCUAUCCUAAUUUUCCGCUCGACUUGGUUCGCUAGAUAACUAGGUGGCUUUCAACCAUAAGCAAAUCACAUUAGAGAUAUAAACAUUUACAGGUUUGCAACAUCAAAGGUUCUAAUGCCGAAUAACUUGAGCUGCAUCUCCUUUUAUAAAACUCAGGGCAGAUAAACAACCAAAGGAGUUACUUUAAUAAAACGUCGAUGUAAAUGUUUGAUUAUAGUUCAAGAGAGAAAACUAAAUUUAACCACAGAAAAACUGGUAUAGGCAUGCUCUCUAGAAGCAGUGAAAAGAUAAAAAAUGGGUAGAGAAAUAAUUUUUUACAAACGAAGAACACGGGUGAAAUAACUGAGGUCUGAAUGAAAAGGUGAACAGCAAACCAUGACAAUGAUAUAUUCGUAUAUACUAAAACAGUGGAUAGAGUUGAAGGUGAGUUCUUAUAGCUACUUGAAGUCUGAAUAUCCUUUAUAUUUCACUGACUAACGCGCGCGGGAUUUGCGGCCGAAAACUUUGUAAUCAUUAUGAGUUAAAAUCAUCCUUUUGUGCUAUAUCAUCUUACUGUUUUAGUAUUCACUAACACUGUUGUUCAUCAAAGUGAAAUAUUUACCACAGGUCACCUCCACUUCAGUAAAUAGUUGUUGAUCAUGGUGCACCUGUGAAAUCAUUGUUCUUUAAGAUAAUCUGAAUUAUGAUAGGGGAAAAAAUAACGGCAAAAGUCUAUUGAUAAUAGUGGUUUCUUAAUUUUAUUCCAUACAGCUUAUAACACAAUUCGCCUUGUUGGAGGAAACACGACACUAAUUGGGAGGGUAGAAGUUUACCAUAGCGGCCAGUGGGGAACAAUCUGUGAAGACGGCUGGGACAUCAACGACGCUCAUGUGAUUUGCAGACAGCUUGGCUUCCCUUCAGCCACUCAAGCCUUUUAUAGCGCCACGCAUGGUCAAGGGUCUGGUCAGAUAUGGAUUGAUAAUUUGGACUGCUCAGGAUAUGAGUUACGCAUCGACGAGUGCAAUCAUGAUGGAUGGGGAAAUCAUGAUUGUGGACACAGCGAAGACGCCAGUGUAGAAUGCUCCUCCACAAUCCCUUGA